GUCAGUUUUGUUAGAUCCUACGAACGUGCACGAUAAUAAUAACGAUAAUAAUAAAAGAUAACAAUAAUAAUAAAAAGUGAUAUGAUGGAAGUCGAAGAAAUUUUAAAGCCCAAUAAAUACGUUCUUCGAACUUUUGGCUUUUGGCCCAGUGAAAAUUUAUAUAAUUACACGUUAUCUCGAUUGAAGGGAUAUAUCGCAGUGUUUUUUAUUUUUCUUGGUACGAGUUUUGUAAUAUUUGCACAAAUUACUCUUGUCGGUGAUACUAUUGUUUUUAUAGAGUAAGUGCUAUUGUUUUAUCGAGAAUUGAAUAUUACUUAAUACCAAUAAGCGAAUUUUUAUUCAAAUACUCGUAGCAAUCAUUUCGUAGCAAAAAAUAGAAGAAUACACAUACACACACAGUAUAACUCAUAAUGAGUUUUCUUUUUAUUUAGAAGCUACUGACUUCCUUAAUUAAAAUCCUUUAUCUUAUCUAAUCUCAUAUCGUGAAACUUAAUAAUUUUUCUUUUCAUUCAUUUAUAUUUGUUCGUGGAAAUCAACGGACAGAUCUUCGGUUAAUGUCGUUGGAUGGUCAUUGAUGUUAUCCAAAUGUUUGUCAUUUAAUUUGAAAAGAGAUACUAUAUUAAUAUUAUUGGUCAAAAUGAAAAGAGGAAAGAUGGUUGAUUAUUGGUUAGCCAGACGAGAAAUGGCAACGAAAUUUCUCACAGCUGUUUAUGUUAUAUUAACUAUCACUUAUAUAAUAUCACCGUUGUAUCUAUCAGGAAGAAGUUUACCUUUUCAAGGAAAUUUUCCUUCAAUUUUCUUUCAAGAUCCCUGGUAUCAGCUGAUAUAUGUCAGCGAGAUUAUGUUGACCUUAUUAGCAGUCACGAAUACAUUGGCCUGCGACGUGGUACUAAUACUCUUCGUCUGCCAGUUAUGCAACGACUUGCAUAGAACAGCCAUCUUGUUGCAACAAUAUGGAGACGAUGAAUGCAGCCUGAGGGAUGUCAUUAACCAACACAUCUCGUCCCUAAAUUAUGGAGAGAUAGUAUGCCGAGCCUUGUCAGUUAUGGUAUUCGGUCAGAAUUGCAUCUGCUCGAUGACGAUCUGUUUAGCGUGCUAUGUCUUCUUUACCGUAGAAAACAGAUUGACCUUGAUGAAAAUGAUCGUCGUAUUGAUGGCAAUGAUCCCAGUGUUAUUUAUCAAUUGUUAUAGCGGGGAAAUGAUUUAUAGUGCAAGCUUAAGCGUUAGCAGAGCGAUCGAUACCAAUUGUUGGAAAUCUGAUAACAUUAGAGCCAACAAAGAUGGUAUUUUCAUCGUUCAAAGGGCUCAAAAACCAAUGCAAAUCGCUGUGGGUACCUUUGCUGUUAUCAAUCUGAAAUUCUUUUGCGAUUCCAUGUAUAAUGCGAUUUCUUACGCUAUGAUAUUGAAAACUAUGAGUUAGUAUCGUUAACAUAUAGAAAUUUUCUUUUGUGUGUCUUAUCUAUAACAAGUAUAAUAUUAUAAAUGGAAAAGAGCGGAGAAAAAUUUGAAAUACAAAGAAAAACAAAAAAAAAAAAAUAGAAAAAAGAAUAAGACGAUCCU